CCCAACAAAUCCACCAAGAGACCCUCAACAAAUCCACCAAGAGACCCUCAACAAAUCCACCAAGAGACCCUCAACAAAUCCACCAACAGACCCCCAACAAAUCCACCAAGAGACCCUCAACAAAUCCAUCAAGAGACCCCAACGAUGGAGGAGUCCACACGCUCAGACUUGGACAUCGAGAUGAUGAUGUUGACCCUGGACGAUGUUGUGGGUCAGAACCCUGACCCCAGUGAUGAGGUGGAGAACCUUCAGAACAGUUAUCGAGAGGCUGUCAAUGAUGACAGCAUCCAGCCCAAGAUGCAGUGUCUGAUGAUGGACUCCUCGUUCUCCAUGGUAACAAUGCAAGGGGAGGACAGUGGGAUUGCCUGGGAGACGACCCCAGGGGGCUGCUGCAUGUCGUGGCUUUCUGAGGCUACAGAUGUCUCUCCAGUUCCGAUACAAGUCACAACAUCUGGGUCUCGAUCAGCAGGAAAGAUUAUAUUUGUCCUGGACGAUGAGAUGCUUUCAAAACAAAGAAAAACUAAAGAAAAGGAGAGCAGUCAGAAGAGCAAAGCAGAAAAACAACUAGUCUUUCUUGCGGAGAGCUCUGAGAACUUCUCAGGCCGGCCAGAGUUAGUGGAAGUCUCUAAACCAAAUGUCAAGUUUGAAGGAGAAGAAGACAGAGAGGGAGCAACUUGUCCUCUGGCAGACAACGAGCAGUGCUUGUUCAGCAUAGUGUCUGAAGGCUCUGAAAUCCUUAAUAUUGUUGUUCCCCCUAAACUAGCCACCGUGGACGAAGAGGAGAGCAAAGAAAUGGUCGACAACCUUUCAUAUCUGGAGGACAGUCUUGCAUUGAAAGCCAACGAGGAGACCCAAGACAACGAGAUGCUGAUUCCAACAGAUUCUGAAGUGAAGGCAAAUGACCAGUUCAAGCCUCCACAUUGUGCAUGUCUAGGUGCAAUGGAUCCACCGGGGGCUCCAGUGGCCAGACCUACAGGCAGAGGAGCUGUUAGGAAUAUGGACUACUUUGAGGCCUUCUCUCUGAUAGAUGCCCAGGCUCCAGGAAGUCCUGCUGUCAUUGCAAACCAUCAGGAGCACCAAGAGGCAGAGGCUACCACAAAAAAACAGAACACAGAGAGUUCAGAGCAGUCUGAAAACUAUACCAUCACUAAAAGUGUGGAUAACGAUAAGUUAGACACUGUCAGUUUGGAGGAACUCACCAGUGAGCUUCUAGAUGAAGUCUUCUACGGUGGUACAGAUAGUUACCCUGUAAAAAGUCUGGAUGAUGAAGUUGGAGGAGCAGAGGGUGCAAAAUAUAGGCUUCCUUCCAAAUCAAGUGGUUCAACUUUGUUUAGUAGCCAGGAAGACAUCCUUACUCCAGUCUUUCUUCCUGAAGGACCUCCAAAAAUUAUAGACCCAGUUUUGCUGGAAGAACCAAAAGCCAUGGCCUUUCUCUACACUGACUUGUACGAAGAGGCGCUGGGCACCCGGAGAAAAGACGAGGACACUGAAAGCAUGACCUCUGAGAAGUCUUUCCACAGCAGGCACUCUGAUCGAGAGGCCCAAGGAUAUUUAGAGAAAUAUGCCCUCAUAGAUGAGACUCCUGCUGAGGAGGUGAAACAGCCAGGAAAAGACCGUUUCCCAGAGGAAGAUGAGCGAAUCCUUCCCCAAGACUUGCUUGACUUUGAAGAGUCACUGCUCGAGUCUGAAAAAGAGCUGCGAGUGUCAGAAGAAGUCACAGAUUUCUUCAGGUCCAGUGCCAGUUCUUCUCCCUGUGAGUUAGACCCUUUCCCUCGAUCUCUAGAAGAUGAUGACAAACAAACGAUGAAAGAAACGACGACACAAAAACGAGUCUCUGUGGCUGCAGCUAAAGUAACAGAACCUCCCGUGGAUCUGAUGGACCCAGCAAGUUCUGAGUUGACCUCAGCAGAACCAGACUGGGACUGGUUAGAGUCCCAUGAUGAUCUGAUCACAGAUCUUCAUUCUGGAGGUCAGGAUGAAAGUCGAGUCAGCAAAGAUGAGGAGGUGCUGAAACAAGACUCAGACACCAACAGACCAGCUGCACCUCCUGGGGGGAAGGCAGCCUCCUCGACCAAAGGAUGCUUGGAUCUAACACCUCUGACUCCAGCUGAUGGGACUCCACAGGACAAAGAAGAGGGUGGAGGGAAGGAGCACAGGGUGGAGGAGAAAGAGACAGCAUCACCAGUGGAGACCGCAGACGAGGGAGAUGGUGAUGAGGAGGAAAACAUGCAGAACAUCUCUGAAGCUGCACAGAUGGAGAUCACCCUGGCUGAACUAACAGGAGGCUCCUCCAAAAGAAAACGUGUAAAAGACGACCAUGAAACUUCUGUCCAGGAUGUAGGACCAGCUGAGGAGGAGGGAGCAGGAAGAGAUGAAAAUGAAGGAGCUCCAGAACAAACAGAGCUUGAGGAGACAGAUGUUCAGGCAGAUGUUGAAACAGAGACAACUCCAGAGAGACGAGAAGACUCUUCAACCAUCCCAUCAGCCAAAGCAGCUACAAACAAACGGCAGUGCGCCAUACUUUAA